AUGAGUGAGAAAGAAGCAGCCCAAAAGGAAAUUGUGGUGGCAGUGAAGGUGUUCAAGCUGGAGGAAAUUGAAUUGAAAAUUUUCGAAGCAAAGUCGAAGAGGCUGCGGGGGCUGGGACUGGGACGUAGCCCUCCGAAUCUGACUCCGGUCAUCCGCAGUUGCUCGUUAACUUCUCUGGCUAUGAAGGCAGCCUUGAGGGGUGCUUGCACUCGGGGAAGUGUUCCCAGCUGGAUAUCAAGCAAGCGGAGGUUGCAGAUAAUGAUCGGUGUGGCUUCUGGAUUGGAAUAUCUUCAUGAAAGAGGAUUGCUUCACGGCGAUUUGAAGCCGAGCAAUGUCCUGCUAGACGAGGAUAUGGUCGCUCCUCUCAGUGAUUUUGGCAUUACAAAGUCGGAGAAGACGAAGAAGCAGAGUAGGCUGCUAGGCCUGAAAAACUGUACCCACCUGUGUAUUCUGAUCCAGAAUAUUGACCGAAAACACCGGCAAAUGGAAAUUGUGGAAUGCUCUGAAGAAUUGGCUGCAGACAGGAUGGUUGUGGAAUGCUCUGAAGAAUUGGCUGCAGACACGAUGGAUAUCAAAGAUGUGGUGGACAAGCUCAAGACAAUACGAGAUGAACUACUACGUCAAACACAUCGAUGA